AUGGUGGCCAAGAGGCGCAAGAAGAGGACGGUGGAACGGGAGCUCGACAUCAACAUAGUGUCGGCUCGUUACCUGCCAGCAAUGGACCCCAACGGGCUGUGCGACUGCUUCUGCAGGAUCAAGCUGAAUGACGCGCUGAUGGGAAAGAUGAAAACGAUCUACAGGAACAGGAACAGGUCCGAGGACGAGUGGAUCAGAGAAACUCACGAUGGCGAGCUAGCAGUGUCGGAGGAGAACAACGUGUCGGAGGUGACCGAGAUCUGCAACCCCAAAGUAGCGAAAGUCGGUACCCUGGACUAUCACGGCGAGAGCAAGAGGCCGAGCACAACAGCAGCGGCUCAGACGCUGCUUGGCGAGCAGGGCAAGAGCAGGAGUCCGGAGAAUGGUCUGGCAAGGCUUGUCGAGGGCAGUGGAAGACAUGGAGUGGAGAAUGUCAAGUCAUACAUCUCCAUGUCGAUCAGGAUCGCAUCGGUCGAGGCCAACGAGGGGAGGGUGCCUCAGUGCAAGCAGCGUGUCUUUCGUGCUGUAGAGACUUGCGAGCGGUUGGUCGGAGCUCAGCGUCAGGUGGGCGGGAACACAGCAGAGCGGGCGAUGCGUCAUUCGCAGUUCAUGCUCAACACCUUGUGGAGGAUCUCGAGCAUUCGCAUCAAGUAUUCCUCUGUGACGAGUUCAUGA